GCACUCCCGGUCCCCUACGGGACCAAUCCCGCGCCACCUCUCACCCAGGCCGCGGGCCGUCGGCAGGUGCUGUCGGGAACGUCUCGCCCCCGGGCCUACAUUGCCCAGCAGGCCUCGCUGCUUGCUGGAAGUUGCGCCUUGUGGUAUCCGGUGCGGCCAUGGCGGACUCCACGCAGAAUGGACGCAUGCCGGGCGGGGCCGGUGGCGGAGCUGUGCAAUUUCUGAUGGCUAACAAGUUGGAUACAGCAAUGUGGAUUUCCCGCUUGUUCACAGUUUACUGCUCAGCUUUAUUUGUCCUGCCUCUUCUAGGGUUGCACGAAGCAGCAAGCUUUUAUCAGCGUGCCUUGCUGGCAAAUGCUCUCACUAGUGCCCUCCGACUACACCAAAGGCUACCCCACUUUCAGCUUAGUAGGGCGUUUCUGGCCCAGGCUUUGCUGGAGGACAGCUGCCACUACCUGUUGUACUCUCUUAUCUUUGUGAAUUCCUACCCUGUUACAAUGAGUAUUUUUCCAGUUCUGCUGUUCUCUUUGCUUCAUGCUGCUACAUAUACAAAGAAGGUUCUUGAUGCACGAAGUUCAAACAGCCUGCCCUCUCUGAGAAAUAUUUUGGAGAAACUGAAUGCUAAUCAACAGAAUAUUCUGAAAUUCAUUGCUUGCAAUGAAAUUUUCCUGAUGCCAGCUACAGUUUUUAUGCUGUUCAGUGGGCAAGGGAGUCUGCUUCAGCCAUUCAUUUACUACAGAUUUCUUACAUUACGCUACUCUUCUCGGCGAAAUCCAUACUGUCGGACUCUCUUCACCGAGCUGAGGAUUGUUGUUGAACACUUAAUAAUGAAGCCCUCAUGCCCUGUUUUUGUAAGAAGACUGUGCCUCAGCAGCAUUUCCUUUAUAAGCAGAUUGGCACCAACUGUUGCAUAGCCAAAUUUCAGACACUUAUGUCUUGUGAACAUUAUGAGCAGCUAGCACUUCUGCUGAUGAUUAAAAAUUCCUGGUUUUACACUGAUCUCACUCCAAGCUGUAUAAAAAUGUGUAUAUGCUUUUCUGGAGGUAAUGAAAUUUAGCAUAUCAAAAGCAAGUCGUGGAAACUUUAAAUUACUGUGCUGUAUUGCUAAUUGGUGAAAAAAGUAGCUGCAUCCUAUCUAAAACAUGCCCAGUCAUACAGAGUUAUUUUUCUUAGGACUCGACAGUUGUUUGAGGCUGAUUAAAUCUUUAAGGUCUGUACAUAGUAGGUUUAUGUUAGUUGGAAUUAUAGCUGCUAUAGGAUGUCUCCAGUAGAUAGCAGUUGGUAUACAUAACUAUGCAGUACAUUUUGGACAGUAUUCUUCCGCUUCCUAAAUUUAUCUGUAGAACCAUUUCAUCUAAAUGAUUAUAGUCAGUGUAAAAUUAUGACCCACUUUGAAUUUAACAAAAGGGAUUAAAAUCUAUGAAGCUGACAUAGUUAACACCUUUUCUGAAGGAGAGGUUAUUUUUAUUAAUACUACUUAACAAGAACUUUUCCAAGUUUCUACCUUGUGGCAUAGUCUUACAUUAUGUUGUUGGAAGAAGUUUCAAGACUGAUCACAGAAAACUGCAGUCAUCUUGUCAUAACAAAAUGUGUUACCAAGCCAAAUUGCUGACCUGUAGGCUUUUCAGACAAAGAUGCAAUGCUUAAACUUUUAGCCACCUCUUAGAUGUACUAAUCAAUGUAAACGAAGUAACUUUUGAAGAAUCACUGUAGAUUUGUUCUUGUGUCUACACAAAUGUGAGACUGCAAUAAUUCAAGCAUGUCAGCUUUUUAGAAAACUAAUCUGUAGCUAGCUCUAUAUAAAUGGUUAUUCCAGUUUCUGAGACUCUCAUUGUGAUGGGAAAUUUACAUAAAGGAUUGCACCUGUUUAGGCAGCUUCUGAAACAAAUGAGUGUAGUAUUUCUUGGCAUAAAUCCAUCCAAUGACUGAUCUGAAGCCAGUGUCAUGACUACAAAUGUGAAUAUUAACUUGAGUGCUGAUUAUGCAUUCACCCAGCAGCUGAAAGGUAGGUAGUGGGAGGAAAAAAAAAAUAAAAAAAAAAAAUCUGUCUGACCACAACUUCUUUCCAUAAAUUCAGGAUAAAGCAUUUGCCGACUCUUGUGUAGUUAAUGUUAGUAUUCUAAUUGCAUAAAAUUGAAUGGGUUUCAUUGGCCUUUUUUAAACUUCUAUAGCACUGUACUUAAAUACACUUCCUUGUUCAGAGAAGUUUUAUGUAGAACAGUUUUGAAAACAGACUUGAAGCGAAGUAUUUUUUGUGUAACUAUUGAAUUAUCUUGUUUUUGAUGUGGUUAUUAUUCAGACUUUCCAGUUAUAUUAGUUUGUUAGAUCGGAGCCAUGUAUUUAUAGACUUCUUUGGUUUUUGCUCAACCUCUUGGUGCUGACAAACCAAUUGGUAAUUAAUUGAAUGUGAUAUUCUUUGACUACUUGUCUUGCUCUGAACAUGAUUAGCUAUUUGUAGAACACUUGCACACUGCAGAAGCAACUGCAUGCAGUAAUGCUCUACGGCUGCUAAAGACUUGCAAUGAGAUUCACUAUAUCUAUAUCCUGUAAUUUGAGGAUUUUAUAAAACCUAAAAUUUCUACUGCAAUAAAAGGAGUGUUAAAUGUAAUUUGUCAAGCUCUUCAAGCUUAUUUUCUCUCUAACAGAAUAUACUGAUGCUUGAACCUGGAAGUUGAGCAGAAUACUGUCCUGUGUAUAUGUGUGCAUGUUCUUAUAUUCCCACUGCUGCUUCUGUAUUGGAACACAACGUCUUGUGCAUUUUAAAAUUAUUUUAUAGGGAAUUUUGCCUUUGAAAGUGCAAAGAUUUACGACCCUUUCCUUCAAAAUUUAACCUGUGAAUAAGCACAACAACAAUGGUGUCUAAUCAGAGCAGAAAUCUAGACCUACUUAGUACUGUUUCAGUUCUUUAGCACUUUCUAGACCUUCUUUGUGUUCCAUGGUAGACUUUUUUGAGUGGUGAUGUCAGACUGUUCAGCUUUUUGCACCACUAUGAUUUAAAAAUUAAUCAUCUAAAUUGGUCCUCUCUACUGGGAGUGGAAGGCAAAUAAAUAACUUUUUUAAUGAAAGCAAAACAUGUUAUUUCUGAGCAAAUUUUUGUCGUCUAAGACUGGUGUUAAGGGUGCAGUCAACUGUUUCUUUAAUUGUAUGCUGCUAUUAAAUAAGAGGAGUCUAAAUUGUAUCUGAUAUAUUGCAACUAUAACUGAAGGAUGCUAAGUCUGAGAUCCAGCUCAAGGAGGAUUAAAAGGAAUAUGUGAAUGAGAUUUCAGUAAGUAGAGAGUUGGAAGACAGUGCCAUGAAGUGAAACUUGCAUGUGGAUACUGAAUUUCUUUUUAACUCUAUUAAGUCUUAAAAAUGGGUCAAGUAGAGAAAGUGGGAUUUGAUUUGGCUACUAGUGUAUUUUUGGCUUUGCAUGGAGUAGCUUGACAAAUAAGGUCUGGAUUUUACUUGUGGCCUCGUAAAACUUAACUCUCUCAUGUGCCACAAAAACAUGGAACAAAGGGAUGAGAGUAAUUUCCAAGCAAAAUAAAUAGGGCAACUGACCUGCACUCUUCAUCAACUUUGAUUUUUACUGCAGCCUUUAGGCUGCCUAAGUGAUAACACCAAGUUUUAUCAGUGCUGGUAAAAACAUUUUGUCCUUGUGCCUGCUUCCUUAUCACAGUUUGACUGUUUCUGUACUAACAAAUUAAACACCUGAAAUUCUGUUUGUGUCCUGAUAACUUGAGACUUUUCUGGGGAAAGGAACUGUAUGUAUGUUCAGGCUGCUGUACUCUCAACACCUAGCUGUGAUGCAGAGGCUGUAACAGAAGUCUGUGGUAGUAGAGAUACUUUGCAACUGAUCAGAAAAUGCCUCCCAACCCCAAAUGUGAAGCAGAAGAGUUUUCGUUGUACUAAAAGAUUACCUACCUAAUGUGGCAACUGUUUCCACUGGUAUAAAUCAUGGUGGUCAUUGUUUUUCGUCUAAGCUUUCAUUGGUUAAAGUGCUUUUGCAGAGAUCCUGUGGGUAGACCUAUUCCUUGCUGCGCACGAGCUUGCUAUAGGAGUGACGCUUCAGUGUAAGAUUUGUCUGUUCUCCCCUGCAGAUAAAUAAAGGACCUACUCAGUCUGUUGGAGCAGCUAAUGCCAGUUGGGAUUUCUUACAGAGCAAUUUGCUAAUACACCCAUCCUUUAUUGUCUUUUGUUUAAUUUUAUACUUCUGUUGUCAUUUUUGUGCUGUCAGUUUUACGUUUUCCUCCCUUUGAUGGGUGUUCAAAGGGGAGCACUGUCCACUAAUGUUUUAAUUUGCGUGUUUUAAGGAUUUUUAAUAUAGUCAUGAGCCACUAUUUCUUCCAACAGUUUCUGAGCUGCUAACUAUAUAUGUGAUAGUACUGUCCAAACAAAUAAUGCAGCUGUUUAUUUUGUACAGUCUGCAUUGAACCUUUUUGUUGUUAGGCGCCUGUAUUGCAACAUUUGUUGUACAAACCCCUUGUUAACUAAGGAAGUACAGUUCUUGCCUGUUUUACAGGCUGGAACUGAGACAUGGAAGGGAAGAGCAUAGCUGGAGGUGCUGCAAGAGCUCUGGCAGAGCAGGAAAUCAAAAGGAGUUGGACAAGCAUAUGGGGGAGCUGCGAUUUGUUUUUACAUCAUGUAGGACUUCCUGGUUCUGUUUCCAAAAAUUGCUCCUUAAAUAGUUUCAUAAAGUACCGUACCUUAUAGUGCUAAGAUUAAUGGUAGCAAAGACCAAGCUAGAACAGCAUGUUCUGUUAAAGCUGUGUCAAAAUUUGAUUUCCAUGUGCAAAAGUAGGUAUGGUCCCUGGUGUCGUCAUCUUCCUGGUGAGAACACCAUAAAGCAAGAUCGCAAGCCCUUACGUGCUUGAUGUUAGUAGGUUACGCUGAUCUGUGGUAAUUGUCUAUAACUUUUAACUGCUGAGGUGCAAGUAUUGGUGGUUAAACUAUAUAUACUGAAAUUGGUUAGUGUAUCUUUGUACUGUAACUUCUAUUGUGCUAUGUUUUUUCUUAAAAUCACAGGAAGAGUCAGGCCUUGCUAGUUUAUAUUGCCUUUUAAGGAUAGAAACUUAAGCAAUCCAUUAUUUCAAAAAUUAAUUAUCAAUAUGAUAAUGAUUAUAAUAUGAUUCUAUUAUUCUAAUAUGAGUAAUAUAAUUGAAUUUAAAUGUGGAUUCAAAAAUAUUUUUUUCAUAAAAUGUUAGCAUUACUUAUUUUCUGCAGAAGCUAGCUCUGUAAUAAUAGCAGAUACUGUGCAGGUAAGGAAGUUUCAUUGUUUGGUUCUGUGCCAUCCAGAUGGUACAAACUUUUAAAAUAAAUUGAAAAAUUCAUCUUUUACUCGUAUUUAAGGUCUGAGGCACAAAAUGCUAAUGCAAGGGCUCAGAGGGGAAAUAUAGUUCUCCUACAUAUUUGAGAAAAUGUGAAGCCCUUUCAGGAAAAUCUAAUAAACAUAAUAAUCACAGGCUGCUGACACUAAGGAAAAAGCACCUCAUUCGCUCUUUCUUUUAUGUAGCAAUUUAGUGGUCCCUACUGAUUUUUAAAUUGGAUCACUGCAGUAAAUUAUCCAUACCAGUACCUGUGAAAGAAAGCACUGGGAUCCAUAUUUGUUUAGUGCUGUGCUUAAAUCAGCAAGAAUGAUAAAUUUGAUGCUAUGAAAUUGGGAAUAUCAAGGGCUUUUCUCAGUGAAUGAGCGAGUAUCUCCAUUUGUAAUUUACUGUGACCCUUUUUCACUGUAUGUGCUUUGUAUGUCAAAUAUUUAUUUUGAAACAAAUUAAAUUGUUUUCUGUAUUGAUACACCUAUGGUUUUGUUGAUGUUCUUGCAAUCAAAUUACAUAUUUUUUUUCUGGAUUUAAAAUAUUACCAGUGUUGUGUUGCAAAACAGCACUUGUUUAAGUUUUAAUCUUUGCGUUUGAGUUACUGACCAACAGCUUUCCAUGCUAAAUGUUCUAGGUGUGUGUUGUGGCUUUUGUUUUGGUUUGUUUUGUGCGUUUAAGAAUAGUACAAGAUGCAGUAAGCUGCUGUGUCUUGUCAUUUGCUUUUUUCUUGAGGAAUAGGAAGAUUAAGCUGUAUAUCAAACAGGAAAAAAAAAGCUGUCUUUAAAUUACUGGAACUGUUCUGCUUGGAAACACAAAGUCCUUUGAGAAAAGUUACCUACGUGCUCAGUUUACUGGCAUAUUUUCAGUGCAGGUGUUGAUAGAGGAAAGUUGACUGUAUACCUGUGUUUUGGCAGGAGUCCUGUCCCUUUAAUUUUAAAAUAGGUUACUUUGUGACUGAUUACAUCCCACUACCUGAGUGCCACUGCUCAACCUAAAAUGAGUCAUAGUGCUUGAUCAUUUGGAAUUUCUAUUAGUAUAAUAAUGAUUUGUUUUGCAAAUAGUAAGCAAAAUUGUGAAGCAGUGUUGUUAGCAAUGUUACCCUGUGUUACCCUCUUCUUGUGGGUUAGGCUUAGCUCAUUUGUGACAGAAUGUUAAAUGGCUGACUUCUAUUCAACCCCAGUACUAACCACAUGGGCUUUAUUCUACACAGCUGGCUACCACCGUACAGCUGUGGCUUUGUAGAGGCAGUAGUAUGGAUUAUAUUCUGAGGAACCAUGACAGACUUUGCUCUUAAGUUAACUUGAGUUCAUCUCUCUUUAUCCUUGUUUCCAUGUGGCUGACUGUGGUACCUUGUUUAUGAGGGAAUUGAAGUGUUGCAGCAGUCCAGACUACUGCCUGGGGUGAGGAAACUGGUUUCCUGAGAUCAAGUGCAGAUCACAGUAUUCUCGUUUGCUGUGUGUGUUCCUACAAAUGUUCACUUGUGCACCUCUGCCAAUGUGAAGAGCAAGAAUUUGUUGGAUGAAGAUAGUGCAUCAACUGGUUAAGGCAUGUCACAGGAAAAUUAACCUGAAAAUCAGAAACUGUAAAGGUGCAGGUCUCGAUUUUCUGUAAGGGUCAUAGCAAUGUCAACUGCAGUUUUCACAAAGUAGAAAUGUAGUAUAAAGAGAAGGAAGAAUGAGGAGAAAGACAGAAUGCAGAAGAGGGUCAGCUCAGAUGCAAAGAGAUCUGAAAAUCCUACAGGGUGCUGUGUUGCUUUCACAAACCCCAAUUUCCCAUUCAUGGUUUUAUACCAUCAGGACCCUCUGGAUAGUACUUCAGUUUUCCAACUUUAAAUUAUUUCUAACUUAGCCUCUAUUAACAUUACUACUGGAAUAGUGUGUUCAGAUGCUACCUCAUUGUACAAGAGUGAACAGACUGAUCUUGGUUUACUUAAAAUGGAAAACCGCUGCAGUAGAAUUAUGUGUUCUUAUCCAUUAUGUUUGAAGCUCCUGUAGCAGAAAAGUAGAAAAAGAAACACUUACUAUGGUCUAUAUUGCUAAUGGGCUUCUUGGCUUCUUUUUAGUACUAUUUUUUAAGCAUUUAUCUUUCCAUAUUGCUUUACUAUAGUUCUGUAUUGGAAAUCUAGGAGAAGAUGUAGUAUGUGCUGCUAUAUGGUGGUUUGUCUUGAUGUAUGUUUGCUUCUGUAGGUAAAGACACAUUGAAUGUGAUCAUUUUAGCAUUUUUUUGAUUUAAUUUUUUUUUAAUUUACAAAAUCUGACCGAACUGUUUUGUGAUAACAUAUUUGCCUGUUACAAUUCCUUUCAACAUACUUCCUGCUAUAGUAACUUCAGUUAGGUUCUGACUAAAGCACAACAAAAAACAUUGUGAAUCAUUUCAGUUAUAAAGUUUAAAUUAAAGGCCUUUAUUAUAAAAAUUUUUGUAAUGGUAGAUGUAAAUCUGAAGUUGACUUUCUGAAUUCUCAUCAGCAUGUGUUUGUUGAGCAUCCAAUGGUUCUAUUCACAUUUUUAAUUCUCUCAAACUUUCUUAUUACUCUGGGGCAGAGGUAAGCAAGACAUAUGCAUGAUAUGUGCUGUGGAUCAAUGGUGUGUAUGUAUACUUACAGCAGCAGGUAAAUGACUAAGAACAGAUUAUAUUUUGAGGAGUUUUUGUCAUUUGGAUAUGUUAAUACACCUUUUUCUUUAUAAUUAAAAAAGCCUUUUCCUGCCUCUGCCAGCCUUUUUUCUUUGCAGAGUGUUACAUAUGUGGAAGGAAAAUAGUUUUUAAAAUAGAUUCUUGUACUGCAGAGGUGCUUCUAAUAUCCUGCCUUUAUACACUUCCAAAGUAUGAGGCAAGCUUAGCUUAUUUCCAUUCUUAAAAAUCAAGCUGCUUUUAGGCUGGUCCGUGCUUUGUUUGUGUAAAAGGUUGUAGAACAGGUGGAGUAGCUGGAGACUGGAUGAUGCGGGAAGCUUCCUGCAGUCCUGUGUGCUGAUGCAUGCCUGUAUAUUACUCAAGGGAGUAAGAACAGUUGUUUCAAUAUAUUAUGUAUUAUGUACCUAGUAUUAAGAAUUUUAAGCUAGAUUUCUGUUUCAGGAGGAAGAAAACUGCUGCUAACCUUAAAUUCUUUCUCCUUACUCAAAGGCUAAAAAUUAUAUUUGACAAUAUGAUUUGCCAUUUGAAAUGGAAUUUUUGUUACAUGUGUUAGUUUUAUUCCAAACCACUGACCUCUAGUGGCUGGUUUGCAACUAUGAAGCAAAACAUUUGCAAUUUAGUCUGCUCCUCCUGUGUCUAUUUGCUACAGGAGAGUAUUUUUCAGAAGAAUAAUGUGGUUCCAUGGUUUAUUGUAGUUUGGCUUCACAAGUACCUAUCUGCCUUAUGCAUUAGAAAGGAGAUAAAAGAAAACCAGAUUUAUAGUUAAGGUUUCUUUAAAGAAGUAACUACUCACAAGCCCAAAUGUUUGUUGUAAUUGUUGGGAAGAUAAAAAAUCCUAUGGUCUGCGAGACCAUCCCAAUAAUAAAGGUCUUAAAACAUAUAUUGUCAAAUCCUUGUAGUAUUAGCAGAAUCCUGAUGCCUUUUUGCUCAGGAUGUUGCAGCUUUACAAUUGUAGUCUUUCUUACAUGUGUGGGUGUGGGGUUAUUGGUCCAGGAACAGUAAUAUUUUCAUCUUUUGCCUGCAUAACCAUGAAAUGCAUAUUUCUGGAUAUAUGUUGUAUAAAUCUUUCCCUUUUCCCCAAUUUGACUGUAGCUACAUAUGUCCCAGUAUAACUCACAUUGAUUUUUAUUGUGAUACUUUAUCCCAUCUUUCUUCUAUCCUCACAGCCUUUCCCUUCUUUAUCUGUCCUCUUUCUGUUGUCUGCUCUUGUGAAACCCUUUCUUCUGGAAUUACCUCUUCCCUCUGCUUUAUUGUACUCCCACUUCAACUGAUUCUGCAGUACUGAUCUCAGCUCUGCCUCCCAGAAGAUACCGUAUGAGUCACCAGAUUCCCAGGGAAAAGGAUGUGGUUGCCAGUCUGCCACAAGAGGACUGUGAGCUGCUGCAGCAGCAGGUCAUUAGCUGCUGGGCUGCUGCUAGCUGCUGGGCUGCUGCUGGGGUCAAAAGGGCUGGCCGAGCACUGCUGCACACAGUUCCAGAAACUGAAGAUGACUUUGCUGGUUUUAGGGUGAACGAACUGCAUGUUAAUAAUUGAAAACGCAUAUCCACGUGCUGGAAAGAAAGGUAUUUGCUUCUAGUUUAUGUUUAUCUCUAACCCAGUGACCAGGAUAGAACUUAACAGACCAACGUGACUCGGUGUUACAUGGACUUCUGAAGAUUCAACCUUUUGUGCUUCGGAAGAGUCAUUCCCCUCAUGUACCUGCUUGCCACAAAAUACUUUCUCUUUUUCUGUUUAAAUAUUUUACCUGAAAAGUGUAAAGGCUGUUUGGGAUUACUGGACACUUUAUAUGUAUUCAUACUUUUUUUUUAAACUAUCAGUAUGAAUUUUCUUGCUGUCAACAAUAUAUCUGUAGAAUCAUAAAAGAUACAAAAUCAGAAUGGUCUUUCCCUUCUAAAAAACUUGCUAUGCUGUAUGAAAGAUAUAAGGCUGGAUAUUAUGGGAUUCUCAGAGUAACUUAAAUUAUAUUAAGUCAUUACCUCAGGUCUUGCUGCUCAUCUGGGGACAUUGCAAGUCUCUGCUGUAUGAAUUUGAAAUCUUUUAAUGAAUUUCAGAUUAUAAAAUAUUGAAAUUAGCUUCACAUUGUUUUUUUGUACAAGGAACACUAUAAUCCUUCACUGUAUAUUAGCCUUUACGUAUCACAGAUUUCUUGCAAGGCAAAGAAUUUGAUCAUGAUGUACUGUUGUAGCUCAUGUAAUCCAGUCAGUUGCUUGUUUCUUUUAAAAAAACAGGAAAGAGGAAUAAAGUCUCCAAAGUUCUGUGUUUCAA